GGCCUCUGAACACACACAUAUCCGCAGGUCUACUUAACUCCUACACCUUCUCUUCUCACUCACCUUCUUUUCUUCCCUCUCUCUCUUCCAUUUUUUAUUGGGACUACUGCAUUGUUUGAUUUUCAGUUCAGGUUCUAAAAUCUCUCCUUUUCAUUCCUAUCUUGUUAUGAAAACCCAGAACCCAUAUUUUCCUCUUUCCCAACUCUUUUCCACUCUUGGAAAAGUGAUUUCCAAGACAUGAUUGCUUAUCAUCAGAAGUAAUUAUCUGAAAGCCUGCUGAUGGUAAAUCCUGUUUGGGAAGGAACAAUGGCUGCGUCCACGCCGCUAGGUAGUUGUGGUAGUAGUAAACUUCAAAGCAUGUUGCAGGGUGCGGUGCAAUCUGUUCAGUGGACUUAUAGCCUCUUCUGGCAACUUUGCCCACAACAAGUGAUUCUGGUAUGGGGUGAUGGGUACUACAACGGAGCAAUUAAGACUAGGAAGACAGUGCAACCAAUGGAGGUUAGCACUGAGGAGGCAUCACUCCAAAGAAGCCAGCAGCUUAGAGAGCUCUAUGAUUCAUUGUCCGCUGGAGAGACAAACCCCCCGACUCGCCGGCCUUGUGCCGCCUUGUCACCGGAGGAUCUCACAGAAUCUGAGUGGUUCUAUUUGAUGUGUGUCUCCUUCUCUUUCCCUCCUGGUGUCGGGUUGCCUGGAAAAGCAUAUGCCAGAAGGCAGCAUUUAUGGCUGACCGGGGCAAACGAGGUGGACAGCAAAACUUUUUCAAGAGCAAUUCUAGCUAAGAGUGCUCGUAUACAGACAGUGGUGUGCAUUCCGGUAUUAGACGGCGUCGUUGAAUUGGGCACAACGGAUAAGGUUCAAGAAGACCUUAAUUUCAUCCAACACGUGAGAGGCUUCUUCGCGGACCACCACCCGCUGACGCCAAAGCCCGCACUAUCGGAGCAUUCAACCUCUAACCCCACCACCUCCUCCACUGACCACAUCCCUGCCAUCAUGUACACCAUGGCAGACCCGCCCGCCGCCAAUAACUCGAACCAAGAUGACAUGGACGAAGAUGAGGAAGAAGAUGACGAUGAGGAUGAGUCCGGCUCUGAAGACGAAACGGGACGGGCGCCCGAGAUGGCAGCCACAGAGCCAAGCGAGCUGAUGCAGAUGGAGAUGCCGGAGGAGAUCCGUGUUGGGUCACCGAAUGACGGGUCAAACAACUUAGACUCGGACUUCCACAUGUUGGCGGUGAGCCAGCCGGGGUCGGGACAAGCCGAGUCUGCUCGAAGGUGGGGCCCGAUCCAAGACCCCUUGGGAUCGUUGCAGGCUCAACUACCGACUUCAGUGCUUAAUCCACUAGAGGAGUUGACACAAGAAGACACUCACUACUCUCAAACAGUCUCCAACAUCCUCCAAAACCAGUCCACCCGAUGGUCCACCACCGGCUCAGUCACCUCCAUCAGCCACAUCACUUACUCCACCCAAUCACCCUUCGCCAAGUGGACAAUCCGUGCCGACCACCACUUCCACGCCGCCGCCGCAGCGGCGGCAGACGGCACCUCCCAAUGGCUCCUCAAGUACAUCCUCUUCACCGUCCCCUACCUCCACACCAAGAACCACGAAGACAUCUCCCCACAAACUGCCUCCACCGGCGACCCCGCCGCCCGCCUCCGCGGGAACAAGGGCACCCCGCAGGACGAGCCCAGCGCCAACCACGUCCUUGCAGAGCGCCGCCGCCGCGAGAAGCUAAACGAGAGGUUCAUCAUUUUGAGAUCUCUCGUCCCGUUCGUGACAAAAAUGGACAAGGCUUCAAUACUCGGCGAUACCAUCGAGUACGUGAAGCAGUUACGGAGGAAGAUCCAGGAACUGGAAGCGCGUAACCUCCAGAUAGAGGCGGAACAACAACGCUCCAGGACCAGCAAAGAGCUGCAGCCGCAGAGGAGCGGGGUGAGUUCUGUCGUGGUGGGGUCGGACAAGAAGAAGGUGAGGAUCGUAGAAGCCAACGGUACCGCGAGGGCGAAGGCGGUGCCGGCGGCGGAGGUUGACGCUUCUGCAGAAGCUUCCACGUCGGUGCAGGUUUCGAUCAUUGAGAGUGAUGCAUUGCUGGAGCUGGAGUGUCCACACAGGGAAGGUUUGCUUCUGGAUGUGAUGCAGAUGCUGAGGGAGAUGAGGAUAGAGGUGACUGGUGUUCAGUCUUCGUUGAAUAAUGGUGUGUUUGUGGCGGAGUUGAGGGCGAAGGUGAAGGAAUAUGUGAGUGGGAAGAAGGUUAGCAUUGUGGAAGUGAAGAGGGCAUUGAAUCAAAUCAUACCACACACUAGAAAUGUUUUAGUUUGAAAUGUGCAGGGGUGAAAUAAUCUGGAAUAUUGUCUCACUACUUGACACACAAUAACAGAAACGUCCAAUUAGAACCUUUUGGAUGUGGUAAUCAACAUGUGAAAAUCUCCAGUGAGUACCAAGAAGAAAGGGUACGUGGUGUGCUGAAAGAGACUAACUAGAAAUCUGCAUUGUCUUUAGGGGUUUAGUGAUUUAAGUUAAUUGAUAUUUUUGUUAAUUAGUGCAGUGGUUAAUUAAGGAUGUAUGUAGGGAGAAUAAUUGAAAUUGAUUUAGAUCAUAAA